GCCAUCCCAAGCCUAGGCUGAUGUCAGAACAUAACAGCACUCCCAAGGCACUGGGCACCCAGCACUGAGCAGAUCCUUUGAGCUGAAAAUGAAGUACAGUGGCAAGAGUUUGCUCCUGGCUGCUUUGAUGUCGGUGCUGCUACUCCACCUCUGCAGCAAGUCGGAAGCAAGCAGCUUUGACUGCUGCCUCCGACAUACAGAACAUGUUCUUCAUCCCAAAUUUAUUGUGGGCUUUACCCAGCAGCUGGCCAAUGAAGCUUGUGACAUCAGUGCAAUCAUCUUUUACACAAAGAAAAAACUAGCUGUGUGUGCAGAUCCAAAGAAGAAAUGGGUGAAACAAGCUGUGCACAUCCUCAGCCAAAGAGUCAAGAAGAUGUAAAAACCGAUGCUCUCUGGAAUGAAUUGGACACAGUCCAAGAAUGAAAAGAACCUAGCUGGAGUUGGUGGUUUCAUUCGCACAUCGCUGAGGGUUUAGCACUUAUCUGAUUUGUGCCUCAUUGGACUGGUCCAGUUAAUGAAGUUGAUUCAUAUUGCAUCAUAGUUUGCUUUGUUAAGCAUCAUAUUGGAGUCUAACUCUAUUUUAUGUUAUUUAUAUAUGUGAGUUUUUGUGUUUUGCUAUUUAAUGCUAAUUUCCCUUAAGCUAUUUAGUUUAGUCUGAGGUAUGAAAUUAUGUUUGGAGGAAUGAGAUUAUAUGGACUUUCUUCUAAGCAGCAAGCUGUUUUUAAAAAACUAUUUAACAAUCUUCUAUUUACUUAGUUUUAUUUCCUAAAUGUUGUAAUUAC